AUGCCCAUCAUUGGUACCGGUAUCUUUGGGUUCGGGUUGAUGACAAGUUUCCUCCCUAUUCAACUGUAUCUCAUGGAUACAUUCACCUAUGCUGCAAGCGCUACUGCAGCCGCUUCCAUGUUUCGUUCACUUCUUGGUUUCGCGUUCCCCUUGUUUGGAGAACAGAUGUUUGCUUCACUUGGCUAUGGUGGAGGCAAUUCCUUGCUUGCAGGUCUUGCCAUCAUCAUUGGUAUACCCUUUCCAGUGUGGAUAUAUUUUGCUGGCGAACGUAUCCGCGCGAAGAGUUCCUUGGGCCAUUGAUUUUUCUUUUCCACCAAGAUCGUGAAAGUAGGACAAUUUGGGAAGCGCCAAGUCACAAUAACUCCGGUAUCACCCCUAUGAUCACACCAGCUCACGAAGUGUCGUCACAUGGCUGGGCUGCCGCGUUGGAGCAGAAGAGUGAUUCUGACGACUUGAGAGAAAUACAAGAAAAUAAGGGUUGUUGAAGUACGAUGUUUGCAAGAUUGUUCGUGGGUAGUCGCCUAUUAAUUUCGCUAUGCUCGAUGGUUAGCCUACUAUAGGACCUUCGCGGACCAUGAUACCUUGUGGUCGCUGGCAUCUCCAAAUUCUCGUUCUUCACGAC